UUCGAGAGCCCCAGUGAGCCGCGAUUGCCUUCUAUUAAAAAAAAAACAGCAGGAGUCGUUGUUUUACUUCUGAAAAAAACCCCCAUCGACAGAAAAGGUCCGAUUUUGCCUUCAUCUUUUCAACAACGAAACUGAUACAGCGAGAUAUCGGGAAAACAUGCCUGCCGAAGCUCGACGCAAUUUGCUGGUGAUGGCGGCCGUGGUGCUGAUGGUGGCGGCGGAAGUGGCCCGACCAGUGGCGACCGCCUCCGCAGCUGCGAGUUUCUUCACUACCCAGGCCAAGAAGUGCAUGACGGAGCGCUUCGAAACGCUGUCGCCGGCCUCGCAACGACUCUGCAUCGCACUCGACACUCUCGUCGAGAUGGCUGACGUCAUGGAUGAGAAAACGGUCGAAGAAGCCCUCCGUCGAGUCGGACUGGAUGAAGAGUUCCUGGCCGGAAAGAAGCUGUUGGAGAAGAACGGAGUCAUGGACCCGUCUGUGAAGCGCGAUGACAAGUACGAGCACAUGUUCAUGCGCUUCGGCAGGAAGAGGCGUGCGGUGACAGCUUGAAUUCGACCAUGCUUAUUGAUGGUCACUCGUCUCUAUCUCAACGCAUCAGAUCUCAAAGAUGAAAUUUAAACAAGUGAAUGAAACAUUCGACGCAUAUGAAACCCUCUCUCGUCCCGCCUUUGCUGCAGCAAGUGUCGCUGAUGCUUAUCCCGACUGAAAGCGCGUUACGUAUUCGUUCCGGACGAGGCAAAAGAAACUCAAUUGCUGUGUGUGGCAUCUUUACGUGUUCCCGCCGUUGAACUAUACUGCUGUGUAUGUAGUUGACAGCCCUCUUUCUGGCAUUAUACCUAUUCUUUUCUGCUCCCUUUCGCCUUUCGUUCGUUGAGGACAGGCAAUAAAAGCGACGCGCAGGAGA